AUGCACAGCCUCGGUAAUGCUGCACAACACCUCAACUCGGGCACACUUCGUGGAAUGUUAGCGGUCGAGGCAUCCGGAGUAUAUAAACGGAGCCUGCGCGUCCCCCCCACACCCAGCCCCCUCACCGCGACGCCGCAGCCAGCUCCAAUAGCGUUCAUAUCGGGCUUCUUGAUAAUAACUUCUCAGACCUCAGCCUCGAAAGGCACUCAAUUCUAA